GCCCUUGACACGUGUAAAAGCUACACACCCUUUAUAAAUUCAAACGCUUUUUCAUUUCAUUCUCACACAAAAAACCAACUUUUGAUAGUUUCUCUAAUUCUUCACAAGAAUCAAACAAAAACGAUGGAAGAACAACAAUCCACUGUUGAUGUUUCUGGGAACUCCGCUUCUGGGAAACCAAAACUUCAAAGAUAUCCACUGCGUUCGGCUUCUAGAUCCAAAGAACAGAAGCCAGAUGCAUCUGUUACCACCAUUCCUUCUCAAUCUAAGAGAGGAAGAAGUAUUCCCAAUGUAAGCCAAAGUGUAGGUGUCCUUGAAUUCUCUGGCAAGGACAGAUCUUCCAGUGCUAAACCACCAAGAAGGCUCUCCAAUCCUGUCAAAGCAUCUGCAACUCCGAGUCCAAAGGCGGUUGGCAACAUAACCCCAAUCUCAGAGACACGAUCAAGGAGGUCUGGAAAUAGCCAAGAGCCUCCAACCAGAACCCGAACACCGGUUUCUGAGAUUUUCAGAUCAUCUACUAAAAUGAAGUUUAGUCUCUUGUCUUCAGCUUCAUAUUGGUUAAGCCAAAUCAAGCUCUCUGAAAAUGUUGAAAAGCACAACAUUUCACUUGGAUUCUUCAAACUAGCCUUGGAGGCAGGAUGUGAGCCCUUCCAGAAAUUACAAGACGAACUGAAGUCUUACUUGCGCCGACACCAACAAAAACUUACUGAACUUGGAGAACAAGUGAAAGUACUGGUAGAAAGCUAUAACAUUGCAGAAAUCAUAGAGCAGUCUCAAGUUUCUGAGAGUAUUUCACAGAUGCCAGAAGAGGAAACUCGUUCGUCUGAUGAUGAAGGCAACUUCAGCACUUCUUCUACCAUGGUUACUGGUAAACUGACCCCCAAGUGCUUAAACACUGCCUCUAUUCAAGUCACUUCUCCUGUUAAAGCCAUAGAGUCGCCCAAAAAGGAAACUAGCCAAAAGAAAAAUCUCACUGCCUCUAGUCAAGUCACUUCUCCUGUUAAAACCAUAGAGUCACCCAAAAAGGAAACUAGCCAAAAGAAAAUUUUUGGAACCAAGUUGAAAGAAAAUCUCAGAAUGAACUCUGCAAUUUCAAAAUCUGCUUCUGGUAGUUUGAACCGUAGUAGGUCAGUUAAAAAGUCAGAUAAGUCAAGCAAGCUUGAAACCAAAAAGAGUGGGGUCAAGAAAUAUGGAAGGAAAGCUGAUGCUAAAGAAGUUUCUGUUAGUCCUAUUACAAGUACUGAAGAAAAAGAAAAUAUGGAUGUUCGGUCCACUGAUGAUGAUUUGAUUGAAGUCAUGUAACAAGUUGCAGUUCUAAAUUUUGUCAUUCUCAAACUUUCUAUGUGUGGAGUUUGCUUGAUCUUUUUAGGAGUACAGAUGAAAAUUAGAUUUCUUCUUGUGUGGUCCAUUUAAUAGCUGUUAAUGAAGACCAAGCUGUAUUGAUGUUAUGGUUUGUUUGUUAUGGUUUAUACUCUAUAUUUUGGUUUUAUUAUAUUGUGGAAACUGCAAUUUGAGAUAAAUCUGAAUCUUUUGCAAAUUAUUA